AUGUUGGACUUUUCUGUUGUUCCUGACGGGCCUUCCAUACCUCCCGGUUAUAUCGACCUUUCUUACGGGACUUCUGGUUUCAGGGCUAACGCUUUAUUUCCACAAAAUAAUUUGGAACACGUCGCUUACAGAUGUGGACUGUUGUUCGCUUCCCUUCCAUUUUUCUCCGAUGAGUACUUCGAAAAGUACUCGAAAUUUUUAGGAAGUGACCGUAGGUUCGGCCUGGGCGUUGUUGUUACCGCAAGUCAUAACCCUUGCUGUGACAAUGGCAUUAAGCUGUUUUCCCCUUCCGGCCAUAUGCUCGAGUCCUCCUGGGAGCCCUACUUUACCAGUUUUGUUAACAGCAGAAGGAACGUUCGCGAUGCACUGUGCGAAAUUUAUGGUCGAUUCACCUACAGGCCCAGGGACCUGAACUUGAGUGUCCUGAUUGGCUGGGAUACCAGGACCUCUUCGGAAUCCCUGGUCGCGAACUUAAGGCUCGGAAUCGAGUCGGUGUUCAAACUUUUAGAUUUGGGUGCCUCUGAGGUAAGGCUGGUCGGGACUGUUACCUCGCCCUGCAUUUCCUACCUGCUUUCCUCAAACAAUCUCGACGUAGAGGACGACCACCAGUAUUUGCGGUUUUUGAACGACUCGGUCAUGAACGUUGUUCUUAAGUUCCAGGCUCUGGGCCUCCUGGACGUGGGACCCACUGCGAAGCGCGAGGAGUUGUUAUUUGACUGCGCCUACGGCGUCGGCGGCCCCAAGGUGAUGAAGGCGUUCGGAGUCUUCAGGCACCUCGGGCUCCUCCCCGCCGUCUGCAACUUGCACCGGUUUGGCACUGAGUACGACUUGAACAACAAGUGCGGAGCCUCGUACGUUUUCAACACAGGCUACCUCCCCGAGAGCCUUAAGCCUGACCUUCAAAAGUACUUGGCGAAGCGCUUCUGCUCCUUUGACGGCGACGCGGACAGGAUUAUUUACUACAUGCCCGCCGACGCUGAGCUCAACGCCGACAACGAGUAUGGCGUCCUGGUGCUGAACGGCGACCGUCUCAUUGUCGUCACGUUGAUGCUGCUGUGGACGCUGCUCAGGACCUGGAGGAAAAGGCUGAGGAUUGGGGUUCUCCUCACUCGCUACUCCAACGGCUCCACCGUCAGCUUCAUCCGUGGCUUGUUUCAGAGGUGGCACUCUGAGAACUCAAGCAUCCUCUGGGAGCUCGAGUUUUUCAACUCGGGCAUAAAGAACGCCGAGAGGCUCUCCGAGAAGUACUACGUUUCAGUCUACUACGAGACCAACGGCCACGGCAACGUCGUGUUCAACCCCCUCUUCGCCCAGGACCCCUGCGACAGGAUCAGUUGCUCAGACCAGUUCCCGAGUCGGCUGUACUCGCAGUCUCUUGCCGACUUGAGGCGCAGGCUCGACCCCUCUGACCCGUCCUUCGAUGUUGGCUUUAGGGACAGGUUUUCUGAGUCGCUGCUUUUCGAGUUUUUGAGUAUGUUCUUCCCUGGCGGCGACGCCAUUCUCAACUCGCUGGUCCUCGAGCUCGCCUUCAAGACCCUCAAGUUGACUUUUCGGGACUGCUUGGGCCUCUACAGCUACUUGCCCUUCUCCCUUUCGAAGUAUGACAUUCCUGUGACGUUCAGGGAACUGUUUGUCUCCUCCCCUGAGGAUGAGACUAUUUUGGUGGAGCCUGAGGGGUUUCAGGACAAAAUAAACUCUGUGACCGGCCAGUUCAGCUGCUGUCGCGCCUUUUUGCGUCCUUCUGGCACCGAGCCUCUUCUUCGCGUCUACGUUGAGGCUGAGAAUCAGGCCGACGUGGACCACGUUCACGCGUUCAUCAUCAAGUUGGUUGAGGAUUUUCUCAGCACCAAGAGGCUGUAA